ACUGACAGAUGCUUAUGGGAGAUCGGUAAUGAUAUGUUGAGACAUUCAUGCCUUUUCAUAAAGUAUAUUUAUUCAGUAAAUGCUAUUUACAUGUUCACGUUAAGAAACAUAGGACAGUUCUAUUCAAUUCACUUCUCUACCGGGAGGACCGUGUAGCAAGUCUAAAAACAAGCAUUAGAGCAAAUGGCAGUGCCCCAGCAUGACCACAGCCUCUAGCUGACACCGACUAUAGAAUUACAGAACUGAAUACCAUGUCAUGGUUACCAUUUGACAUAACUUUACUCUUCUUAGAUAUUUGAUACAGUUAAAAACUUUUGUUGACUUGACAAAAUUGAAUCCACUUUUUCGCAAGACGAAAAUCAAUCGACCACGCUACUGGCUGUUUAAAUCUUUAUCGAUCUCAAUAAGAUGAAAGGGAAAGUCAAUUUCGAUAGCGUUUGACUAAAAAAAUGUAAGAUGUUGAAGAAACCACAGAAAGAAAAUGAAUAUUUAUUUUGACAGACUUGUUCUGUGUCUUGUAAUGUGUCUCUUCGAUUUUCAGCCAAGGGUGUUUGCAGAAAAUUUAACGUUUUAUGAAACUGCCCUUACUGAUGACCCUUGUGAAAAUUUCCAUUGUGAAAACAGAGGUCAAUGUCAGACGGUUUUGUCGGAAGUGAAUGACCAAAUCAUCAAACAUGCAGAAUGCAUCUGCCAUGACCGUUGGAUUGGCCCACACUGCGAGUCCCUGUUAGUUCUAACUCCCAGAAGAAUCACCGAAUACAGCGUUGAGCUUCGGAUAACAUUACAGAACUCUAACCUAUCGGAAUGGCAAUAUGAUCCAUACUUGAAAUAUACAUUGCAAUAUUGGACCAAUGAAAGCGACACAUCAUGUUAUAAGAUUCCUGGAAUCACGAACCUCACUUAUGAAAUCUCAGAUCUUAUAUCUGGUGUCUAUUAUAAUUUCUGUGCUCGGACUAAUAUCGUGGAUCAGUGUUUGACAGAAACUGUGGAUCCCAAUUCUUUAACUUCCAAUUGCAUUGGUAUUGUUACGGAUAUGGCAAAUGGCCAUAAACAAGAUGAAGUUGAAACCGGUCCUCCUGUUCUUCCAAUAGUUAUUUGCACUAUUUUAGUUGCACUCUGCAUCAUAGCUGUUUUGGUCGUUUUCAAAUGUAAUGGCAACUUACCAAGCUAUCGAUGUUCUAGAAUAAAAUGCUGUAAGAAAUGGUCACGUCAAUCGGCUUAUGAUCUUUUUGUCCUCCCAGACAACACGUGUACAGCUGUCAGUAACCAAACUCCACUCAUUGUGAACCAAGGACAGCACCAAACUCAAUCUUUGGCUAUAUUAAUGGACUCUUCCAAUUCCACCCAACCAGCAACCCAUUCCUCUUUUCCUUUACCACCUGACUUUGAUAUCACCGAACGAAACUUAGAGAAAACAGAAUCACUGAUUCCACAACAAAAUGAACCUCAUUCUUCAGAAUAAGAUGAAAAAAAACUCAUUUCAUAAUUUUCAAAAGAAUCAUUUAUUUCAUCAUUUCAUGACAUUGGCUCCAUCUUAACUUAUUUAUUAAAGGUUUUUAUUUAUUUUUAAAAUUUUGUUUUCAUGUCCCCACCACCACCACUACCACCACCACCACUAAUACAUAUAAUCAUUCACACAUCCAAACUCCUUACGACUAUUCAGUGUAUAUAUUCAAUGCAAAAAAGAAAAA